GCCGCCGUGGCUCUGCUGUCCCCGGCGGCUCUGCUUUGCUGGCCUCCGCCUCUCGGCGCGGGCCGGAAUAACUUCGCCGGGGCUCGUUAGGAAAGGUUGGCUCUGGAGUGUGGUGAGCAGAGGAGACCUCAGACAGCAGGCAGCUGAGGCCAUGGCCUCCGACCUGGACUUCUCACCUCCCGAGGUGCCUGAGCCCACUUUCCUGGAGAACCUGCUGCGGUAUGGACUCUUUCUGGGGGCCAUCUUCCAGCUCAUCUGUGUGCUGGCCAUCAUCAUACCUGUUCCCAAGUCCCACGAAGCGGAGGCAGAACCAUCUGAGCCCAGAAGUGGGGAGGUGACGAGGAAGCCCAAGGCUGCUGCUCCUUCUGUGAACAAGAGGCCGAAGAAGGAGGCCAAGAAGAAGCGUUAGAAGACAGGCCCGCGGAGCCGGGCGGGAGGGGCAAGGGCCUUGGGGGCGGUCCUCCUGGGACGCGGCGUCCUGUUCUCUCUCUCUGUCCCAGGCUCAGCGAUCUGGACAAUCAUGACAGUCCCAGGUCCCAGCUGAGCAGAUCACCACUUCUUCCUUCUGCUUCCUUAACGGUUCAGGGUGAAGGGGAUUGAAACACCCUGUGAGCAGAGACUGUCUUAGAAAUCUGUUUGCUCAAAAUUUGGGUCAGAUUACAGAGUUAUGUUUUCUUACUUAAUCAUGGAAUCCAGCCUUCAGUCACCCACCUUGUGGAUUUACACUACGUUUCAGAGCUGUUAUCUAAUGCUGACAAGCCCCGCCCUCCCGUUACCCAUUACGUGUGCAAGGGGAUCUGCUAAUCAGUCACCUUUGUCUUCUCCGCUUGGCAGGUGGAGCCUGGCGUCACCUAUUUUGUGUAGGUCAAGACGCCAUAGCCACUAACGCAGCUGUGAGGUCUGAAGGGUGCCUGGUGUGAGCCAGCAGGAGACCUGGGCCAGGGUAAUGCCCAGGUCUUCUGAAGGGGAUUUGGUUGAAUGAGUGUGUGUGUUUCUUGGGCCCAAUUUUCUGAGCCUCUGAAAUGG